AUGGCUGGACCGGGAUUGUCUGCGGUGCUGCAGCUGCUCCUGCUGGGCUUCCUCUCCGUGAACGCCGACUCCCUGCUGUCAGCUCCGCUCAAUGUGACCAUCAGAGAGAUCGAGGUAAACUCUGCCAUGGUCACGUGGGAAAUCUUGGAGGGGGACCCCGUCAUUGGAUUCGCCAUCACCCAACAGAAGAAGGACGUCCGCAUGCUGCGGUUCAUCCAGGAAGUGAACACCACCACGCGCUCCUGUGCACUGUGGGAUCUGGACGAGGACACGGAGUACAUCGUUCACGUUCAGAGCAUCAGCAUGGGAGGCAGCAGCCCGCCCAGCGAGCCGGUCCUCUUCAGAACGCCCAAAGAGUCGGAGAAGAUGGCGUCCAAGAGCCCAGACGAGGUGACGAUGGAGGAGGUUGGUCAGGCUGCUCAGCUGAGAGCUGGAGAGCUCAUCAUCAUUGUAGUGGUGCUCAUCAUGUGGGCAGGGGUGAUCGUUCUCUUUUGUCGUCAGUAUGACAUCAUUAAAGACAACGAGCCCAACAACAACAAGGACAAAGCCAAGAACUCCUCAGAGUGCAGUACUCCGGAGCACCCACAGGGGGGGCUACUGCGCAGCAACGUCUGA